AAAGGAGGGGUCAGGAUGAGACCCACUGGCCCCUCCCCCUGUGGAGGAAGCGGUAAAGGGCCGGGCCAGGUAUUUCCUGAUUCUGCCUUCCCGGCCGCGGUCCAGACACAGAAAACAGCCCGGACCGGUUUCUCCCUGUGCCUUCCUCCACGUGGGAAGCCCCGCUGCCGCAGCCGCUGCCGGCCAGAGCCCCGGCUCCCCGACAAGCCCAGACUUGAGCUACCAGGAAGAAUGUCUUUCAGAUUUGGACAGCAUCUCAUCAAGCCUUCCGUGGUGUUUUUGAAGACAGAAUUGUCCUUCGCUCUUGUGAACAGGAAGCCAGUGGUACCAGGACAUGUCUUGGUGUGUCCCCUGCGCCCCGUGGAACGUUUCCGUGACCUGAAUCCCAGUGAAGUGGCAGAUUUGUUUCAGAUGGCCCAAAGGGUUGGAAAUGUGGUGGAGAAACAUUUCCAGGGAACUUCCCUCACCUUUUCCAUUCAGGAUGGGCCUGAAUCUGGACAGACUGUGAAGCAUGUUCAUGUUCAUAUACUUCCUAGGAAGACUGGAGACUUUAGCAGAAAUGACAGCAUCUAUGAUGAGCUUCAGAAGCAUGAUAAAAUAGGAGAAGAUUCUCCAGCUAUGUGGAGGUCAGAAGAUGAAAUGGCAGCAGAAGCAGCUGAGCUCCGGAAAUAUUUUCAAUAAAGAAGCUUCCAGAUAAGAAGGCAUCUUGGACAAAUCUCAAGACAAGAGAAAGUGGGUCUUCUCAUCCAAGAUGUCAUCACCUUGACCAUGAAGCUGAGCAGGAUUGAUUAUUCCCUCCAAAAAAAGCACCCCUUCUUUGAUGUAACUCUUUGUUACCCAUGGGCCUGUUGUUAGAUAUGUUUUUCCAUCAGAAUGACUGACAGGCCCUUUUUCUCUCCGAUGGCUCCACUCAUACUCAUUUUCCCCCUGGCUUUGCUAUUUAGACGGGCAGCUGUCCCUGGUCCUGACUGGAAAUAAAGCAUUUGUUAAAAUGUC